AUGGGAAAGCCUGCUAUCCUUGAAAUUCGUGGCCACUUGCAAGCGAUUGGAUUUUUACAUGUGUCUCGCAUGUUCAAAGGCUGUAAACUCGAUUUGGCACUAAUCAGCACGUUGGUAGAAAGAUGGAGGCCCAAAACACACACUUUACACCUUUCAUGUGACGAGUGUACAAUCACACUCAAUGACGUAGUGCUACAAAUCGGUCUGUUGAUGGAUGGGCCAGUCAUCACGGGAUCAAUGAUCGUUCCAAGUAAAGUGGGCCUCUGUGAAUCACUAUUGGGAAAGGUCCCGGACAAGUUCAAAAGUGGUCGGAUAUCGAUUAAUUGGUUGAAGGAUAAUUUUGACGAGCUUCCUGAAAAUCGAACGGAGGAGGUCAUAGAACAAUAUGCCCGAGCAUACAUCAUGAGGUUAAUUGGGGGCAUUUUAAUGUCAGACAAAUCUCAAAAUUUGGUGCACAUAAAGUGGCAAUUACAUCUAAUGGACUUCAAUGAGUGCGAAAAACUAAGUUGGAGAUCUGUCGUUUUGUCCAUAUUAUUCCGGGAGAUGUGUAGGGCCACGAUACUGAGUGCAGCGUCAAUUGGUGGUUGCCUGCUCAUGCUGCAGGCAUGGGUUUGGUGGCGAUUACUAUUUUUACAUCCCAAGGUGACCGACCUAUACAUGUUCCCGUUGGUGACGAGAAGUGUUGGACAAUCAAUAGAUGUGGGACGCCAAUGUGCCAUUGGUAGUGUACACGAUGGUGGAAACGCACUAAUCGGGUUGGGUGUUAUGGCAGCCUGGGUGGAGGCAACAAAUUCCACCACCAUUGCAAGACUUGAAGGAGUUGUACAAGGUGGACAUGCAGGGGAAGGACAAUAA